AAUAUUGAUGCAAAAAUCCUCCACUAAAUAUUAGCAAAUUGAAUUCAUCAACGCAUUAAAUUUGGGGUGCAGUGUCCCAGGUUCAUUCAACCCUUCCCCUUUUUCUGUGUGUGUCUACUUUAGCUGUGCUCCCAGUUGGCAGUGGUGGUGGCCAUGUUGGUGUAUGGACCUCCCAGGACAAGGGGAGCCUGGCACCAACUCUGGCCAGGUCUUCUAGCAAGGGACCUGAAGAUGUUCUUUUCUAAUUUCCAGAUUGAGAAAAUGGAGGCAAAUUCUGGGUACUAGAGUCAAAACUAAGAUGAGGCUUGAUCAGUGGUGUCUGGGGUCCUGAGAGGCAGAGACGUGAAACCCUCUAGAGUGCAUGGGGAGCUGGGUGUGUGUUCUGGCCAGUUGCUUCUCCUUGUGCCUCAACGUUCCAGGUACGCUUGGAGGGGCUGAGAUCCUGGGGAUGCCUGGAGCCUGGCUGCAUGGCCUGGCCACCCUGAUGCCCUUGUGUUCUCCAUGGCAGACUAGCAAGACUGAGGAGAAUGGCUCCGACAGCUUCAUGCACUCCAUGGACCCACAGCUGGAGCAGCAAAUGGAGACCACCCAGAGCUUUGUGGACUCCUAUGUGGCCAUUGUCAACAAGACCGUGUGGGACCUCAUGGUUGGUCUCAUGCCCAAAACCACCACACACCUCAUGAUCAACAAUGUGCAUGCACCACCUCUUGGGGGCAGGGGGCUCCUGUGGCACUGGGGAUGCAGGUGGCCGUGUUGGCCUGACAGAGAUGCCAACCAGCCCUGUGGGACCAGGUCCAGGGAGGGGGCACAGUCAAGACCAGAGCUGUCCCAUAGAACUAUAACAUGGGACUGGGCACAGUGGCCCAUGCCUGCAAUCUGGCAUGAUAGGUCCUGGCUCCCCUCCCAGAUCUGUGACCUUGGGCAGGUGACUUUUCCUCUGGACCUCUGUCCCUAUCUAAGUAAGAAAAUGUGGUGGGGAGGCAGGUCUUCAAGUCUAAGUGGUGUAGAAGCCACAUCUGAAAAGCCAUACUCGGGGCUGCAAGUCCAGCACACAGUACAGCAGGGCCUGGUGGGGCGGCCGGGGUGGCACAGGCAUCAGGUCCCAACCUCCUUCCCUCUAUGCCCACUCUCAGACCAAGGAGUUCAUCUUCUUGGAGCUGCUGGCCACCCUGUACUCACAUGGAGACAAGAACAUGCUGAUGGAGGAGUCAGCAGAGUAGGCACAGCAGUGCAACGAGAUGCUGUGCAUGCACCACAUGCUGAGGGAGGCGCCCAGCAUCAUCGGCGAUAUCAACAUGACCACCGUCAGCACACCCAUGGGGGCCCAUGGAUGACUCCUGGCUGCAGGUGUAGAGCGUCCAAGCUGGACACAGGUACCAGGGCUGGCCCCCACAGCCCCAAGGCCCCCCAGCCUCCAUGGAACCUUGCCACACCUGCACCUGCGCCCACCACUCCGCGGCCCUCCCACAGCUGCCGCAGCACGCCCGUGCUCUGUGCUUGCCUCACCAGCUCUCUGCUCACUUUUCUGUCUCCUGUUUUCUCUCUGCUUCUCUCCAACUGUCAGCUGAUUGGGUCAGGACAGGGCUCAGACACUGGGGCCCCUCCAAUGGCCCCGCAGCUCCCCAUGCCAUGCCCUGGCCUCCUGCUUACUCAUGCCCUCUCUUGCUCCAGAGAGCUGGAUGAAUCCAAGCUCUCGUUUUUCCACCUGCUCCUUCCUGUCCGCCUUCUCCUUCGGGAGGUCCAUAAAGCUGCUCUGGAGCCAAAAUAAUGGGGUCACAUCUCGGGAGUGACCUGUCCUUCCACGCCCUCACUUUUCUUGGCCCAUGCCAGGACUCGCUCACCUU